UUAUUUUUUCAUUUGUACUGAACUCGAAAUAGUUGAAGCCGAAAGUGUCGGAAAAUAAGCGACCGAACAGUGAAGGUAAACAAGGAGCUGCUGGACGCUAAACGUUUAUCUAAACUUCACAUAUCACAAGGUAGCAAUAGUUCCACCACAGUAGGUAAAAAUAAAGAGGAAGAAAAGCUGCAUAACGUUGAUAAGUCAACAUGCCAUCAACCACAGAUGAUGUUCAGCGCCAUUCCGUGCAUACAUUGGUGUUCCGAUCCUUGAAACGAACUCAUGAUAUGUUUCUUUGCGAUCAAGGAGGUUUGCCUCCUAUCGACGAGUCAUUAGAAAAACUUCGAAGACUAGUAAAAGCACGUGAUCAGUAUGGCCCUGUGCUUAACUUGGUGAAGCAGAAUAAGAGGAAGGCAGCCACACAAGCCAUAUACGACGGUGAACCUGACGAUCCCCCACCCAGGCCGAGCAGUGUAACAAAUGGUAUAGUUUCAAGUCCCUUGGCCCUUCCACCACCAUCUGGCCCUCAGGCUCCCCCUCCCCCAGCACCUUCACCACAAAGCAUGGCUGUUGUGCCAAUUUCUCCAAUAACGGGUGCUAGUGCUGGCCAGCAGUCUCUCGUCCCUCGCCGUGCUCCUACAUUACCAAGACCAAAAUGGCACCCACCUUGGAAACUUGCCCGUGUCAUAUCUGGUCACCUUGGUUGGGUGAGGUGUGUUGCAGUUGAGCCAGCAAAUGAAUGGUUUGCCACUGGGUCAAAUGACAGAGUGAUUAAGAUCUGGGACUUGGCAUCAGGGCAGCUAAAGCUCUCGCUGACUGGUCAUGUGUCAGCAGUGCGAGGAUUGGCAGUGUCUCCACGACAUCCUUACCUGUUUUCUUGUGGAGAAGAUAAACAGGUUAAGUGCUGGGAUCUUGAAUAUAACAAGGUCAUAAGACAUUAUCAUGGUCAUCUUAGUGCUUGUUAUGGGUUGGCCUUACAUCCAACAAUUGAUGUCUUGGUUACAUGCGGCCGAGAUUCUACAGCCCGUGUGUGGGACCUUCGUACCAAAGCAAAUAUUCACACACUCACUGGCCAUACAAACACUAUUGCAUCUGUUGUCUGUCAGGCAGCAGAACCUCAGGUGAUCACUGGCUCUCAUGAUUUUACUAUACGUUUGUGGGAUUUGGCCGCUGGCAAGAGCCUAUGCACGUUGACACAUCACAAGAAGAGUGUCCGCUCCCUGGCUGUUCACCCGGAACUUUACAUGUUUGCAUCUGGAGCUCCAGACAAUAUUAAACAAUGGAAAUGCCCCGAAGGAAAGUUUGUUCAGAACUUGACUGGACACAAUGCUAUUGUUAACUGCCUGGCAAUGAACCGUGAAGGUGUGCUCGUUUCUGGGGCAGACAACGGCACGCUCUACUUCUGGGACUGGCGGACAGGCUAUAACUUCCAGAAACUUCAAGCACCAGUACAACCAGGUUCAAUGGACAGUGAAGCAGGUGUGUUUGCUAUGACAUUUGAUCAGAGCGGCUCACGACUAAUUACCUGUGAUGCUGACAAGACAAUCAAGAUAUACAAGGAAGAUGACUCUGCAACUGAAGAGACACACCCAGUCAACUGGAGACCAGAAAUUUUGAAGAGGAGGAAGUACUAGGUUGUGUGACUUAUCUUGGCGCUCUCUUUGUUUCUGCAUCGUAGAAGUUAAUGAUUUAAUAACCUUAAUGGAUUUUUAGGAAAACGUAUUUUUGCUGUGUGCUUUUUGCUUCAUAUUCUCUUUUAUCAAAAAUAAAUGAUGACAAAUUUGCUGUA